UCUAGGUUUCAGACUGUCAUCUGCUGUGUAAAAACGAGGAUUGAAACGAAAAGUUAAAAAGGUAAACAUUAAUACUGCCAAGGAUGUGACCAUGCAUGGCCCUGCCAUGGUCUACCGGUGGUGUGAAGCAAACCGAUGAAUCGAGCCUCGAUGAGCCAGGAGCCGUCCAGAUCAGUGCGAUCCGCUUUAUUGGUUCCCUAUUGCUGUCUUCUUGUUGAGCCGUUGUCUUGCCGUUUUCAUGCCAUUUCUAGUCAGGGGUGAAGAGCAACUGAAAAUUACAACCUGACUGCACAUCAUCGGAAUUAUGAACAGCGCCCCCGACCAUGUCAGCAAGGGCAUGCCGCACUGCGAUGGCAGCGACAUUGUUGACAUUCCUGCUCGUUCCCACCUCCGGCCGCAGUCCGACCCUGAAAGUAGCGACGUACAACUUGUGGAAUAUCAUGUUCAACUGGGACGUGAGGAAAUACCACAUUGCUAGCAUGAUCCAGGAGGCAGAUCUUGAUGUGGUGGCGUUUCAAGAAGUACGAGCCGACCUGGAUGAGGAACAUUCUCAACUUCUCGAGUUGAAGAGUUUACUACCAUCGUAUAAGUGGUAUGUGUACCGUUCCUCGCAGAGGGUUACUCCAUUCAAAGGUGCACCAACAGGAUGGGAGAUGGAAGGCCUAGGGCUGCUGAGCAGACACCCCAUCGUUACAUCAAUCACCCAGCCCCUCACUCAUCAGUCGCCCAAAGACAAGAACAAACGACUGAUCCUCCACGCUUCACUGCGUCUUGACCUCAUCAACGUUAGCAUCUCCGUGGCUCACUUCUCUUAUGACCACUGGCAGCAGUGUGUGAACGUGGCCGAAAUGAUGAAACACAUACGGGCUUCAAGACCAGCUAACUCUAUAAUAAUGGGGGACCUGAAUACUUAUGUUGACUACCCUUGGCCGCUUGAGGGCCUCCUAUAUGGGUACUUUUCAACCAGCAACAAAUGCCCCAAGUACGCGGCCCAGAAGAACCCCACCACAGAGGAGGAGCUUAUGUCUUACUUGGAUGCCUGGGCUGAGGUCAACCCACACAGAAACGGGUUUACGUUCAGUAACAUGCCCCAGCCAGGUUUCCAGAGUCGACCAGACCGCAUCUUGCUCUCAUCAAAGUCCUGGUCGGUCGUCUCAUGCAGUACGAUCGGCCUCGGUAAGGGUUACGCCAAUAGGUACACCAAGCACAUCAUCUGGAGUCGACUCGCUACCGUCCUCAACUCGUCCAAGUCCCUCUUCUACAACACACCGAGUUCAAGGGGUUGUUUACAUGACUGUGGCCCUCAUGGGUCAUGCCGUUGUGGGGUUUGCGUUUCCGGGGGCAACAGGAACAACUGCGAGUUGCCCAACUGUCCGGAGUGCUCCUCCAACGCCUACAGAAACUGCCUGGUUGUGCUUUUACUACUCAGCGUGCUGUUCGCGCAAAUUCUGGUUGCUACAGUGCUCCUUAUUAAACAGCUGAGAGUGGCGAGACGGAGACCGUUCUCGCGGUGUUUACGCGCUUGUUUUUGUCAAGCUUUACGGGGGAAACCCCCUGUGUCUUUCCUACCUCAAGUCUCCUAUUCCCGACAGUCUGCGGUCGCGGUUCUCAUGCACAUACUCUGCCCAUUGUGUCACCUGCGGCCCAUCUGCCAGAUUUUUAUUUACUGCGUAUGUACAGUGCUCCUCAUGUUAUUCUGUUAUUUAUACCUUUUUGAAGAUUCACUGAGAACUAUUUACGCCAUCUUGCCCGAAGAGUUGAACCCAUCAGAUCAUCUAAUGGUUCAGUCUGCAAUCAUUCUAAAAAAUUGAGCCAUUAAUCACUUGUUCAAGUGCAGUUACCUUUAUCACUGACCAUCCAUUUUGUUUUAUCACUGGUAGCCAGUUUGUUUUACCACUGAGCCGCCAUUUUUCUUACAGAGCGGUAAUUUUGGUCUAUUCUCCAAUAUUUUGUUUUUAACUCAAAAUAAAACUGAAAGAGAAAGAGAUAGAUUAAAUUAUUCAUAAAAUGGUACAAAAUAAUUUAAAUUCAAAUUAGUAUGCAGACUAUUUGACAGAACUGUUUGAUUUGUUGAAAACAUGAAUACGUGUAUGAUGUAAAUGUUACGAUUUGUAUUGUUAAUACGGUCUGAAGCAAGUUAACCUCAAAUCGAGUUAAUGUUAGGAAAUCUAAAACCAGAAUGGACAUUCUGUGAUAUUAACAUUUACUAGUUAGAAAAUACACGAAAACGUAUACUAUAUAACUAAAUAUUGCUUUUAUAUGUUAAUAUUUCCAAAUAUGUCUAUAUGUAUCUGUGCAAUGAGAAUUACUAACCCAUCAAGCAACUCCUUACAUAUUUUAUCUUUCAUUGGGGAGGGGAGGGGGGCUAUAACAACACUCUACGGAUAACUCAUCCUAUUUAAACCAUUUGACAAGUAUACCCAUGCCCAUCUUGUAUAGGUGUCACAUACGGAUAUGCCGUGGGCGUUCAAAAUGUAAGCAUAUCACAUUGCCACUUGCCAACUCCAUUUAGAUAUUUAUAUUUGAAAUAAAACUGCCUGAUAUACUCUUUAUUAUUUAUAAAACUAUAUAUAUAAGCAAAGAUUAUCUGUUUAACUCUGAAAUAGAGAUGCCGGUUUGUAGUAUUCAUAAUAUACAGCAACACAACUACUACGCAGAGUUAAUUAUUUUUUAUUCCGGUGCAACUCGAAAUUAUUUUGUAGGACAUUAAAAUAUAGGAUUUGCCUGUGGCGAUUUUAGAUGCCACUUAAAAGGCUUCCUGUGCUUGCUGCGUUUGCUACACUUCUUGCUUUGAUGUAUACAUGCAUUGGUGUAUGUAUGUAUGAAGAAACUAACCCGUCUGCUUGCUAUGCCCCUUUGAUACUACUUGGAUGCGUCACAAGCUAGGGUCAUUUUCAUAGCACUGCCUAAAGCAGAAAUGUAGCUAAGCAAUUUAUCCGCGGAGCGACGUGCGGAAACAAGGUUGGAUUUUCCCGUUAUUUUCUCCCGACUCCGAUGACCGAUUGAGCCUAAAUUU